CCAGACGCGAUAGUCUCAAGUUUUGGAAAUCGUCUUGCAAUGCAAGCAAUGGCAAUAAUAACCGACUCGUAGCAAAUACUUUAUCCCGUCGCUAAAUCAGCCAUCACCAAUUCCUUACCGCUUCGAUCACUACACACGCCCGAACGCGCUUUACCUUGAAAACAUUAUCGAUAUGGCGACAGCUUCGCCCACACCAAUGGGCAAUGGUCUUGUCCGACGAACAUCCCAGCGGCAAGCUUUGAGGAGAUUGCCAUCGCGACCCUUUAUGAAUCACAGUGACAACUUCCAAGGAACAACAAGUGCUGCUCUCCCGAAGGGCUACCAUCCCAAACCUCAGCAAUUCCACGACGACAGCUCCGAGGAUGAGAUCCCAGUACCUAUGAAGCUGAGCGCUCUCACCAAGGCGCUGCUGAGCGACGGCGCCCCAGCAUCAACAGAGCAAGCUCCUUCACCUCCCAGGACGCGGCGACGCACCAGUGCGCUGAACGCGUCCACAUCAUCAUCGACUGAGACACGCCGGCACAGACAAUCCGGAAGCGUCCAGGCCCACGAUGCAAGGUCCUCAAGACAAGCGAGCCCGACACCAGCUACAAGCAGAGAAAUAAGUCCGGUACGAAAGAGGGUUGUAAGAUUAAGCAACACACCUCAGAGCCUUAGCCAGAUGAAGCCAACAAAGCGACGCUCAACUUCUGUCUCCCGAUCAAAUCAACGUUCUCAACCUCACAGCCGCCCUGGUAGCCGCGAUAUGUCUUCUGACGAGAGACAGGAUUCCAAGCAUGACUCCAAGGAUUCUAAGCAUGAUUCUCAAUUGGAAGUGAACACACCUGCACAAGGUGGACGCGUAGUCCGAAUUAAUGCUGGUUCUCCAAGCAACAGGAGCCGAGUUGGCUCCACUGGCCCUUCUUCAGGGAGGUCGAUGGAGCGAUCCAUGUUAGAUAGAUCUGCUAUUGACGACAACGACCAACCUGAAGAGCCAGCCACAGUCGCGCGAAAUCCUCCUCCCUUCCACCAAGGCAGUGUCUCUCGAUACCCCUCAACAAGUACGAGGACACGGCCCGAGGAUAAUAUUAACCUGCAGAGUUCAAUGCGCGUGAAGCGCGUCAGCAAGGUUGCUGGUAGCUUCUUGAGCGGACCAGCCCGACGCGGUCGCCGAAGGCAGAGCGAAGAGGAGGGGGAGCCCAACGCCGAUGGAGAAUUGAUGUUGUCUAGCCAGGAAGCUGAGAGCCAGCCCGGGGAGGAUCAACAUGCCGCUUCAUACUAUGGAGACGGUAUUCGAGAUUUCAACUCAGGAAGCCCAGUGAGCGGACAAGCCGCUGCGAGGGCAGUCCAUCGCCGUAAUGCUUCCAACUUGGACCUACGCCUAGGCUCUGCAAGAGCAUCCAGGGAAACAUCACCUCGUGAGCCUACACCAGAGGUUCAGGUUCCCGAGCCCGAACCAAAGCCUGAGCAGGAGGAGGAGAUUCACUACAGACUCCCCGCACCUCGCCCAGAACUCCCCUCCGGUCGGGAUCAGGAGAACGAUGUCCAAGCAAGCCUCAAGAGGACGAAACCAUCAAUGGAAGUUCUUCUUGACAAGAUGCCAAAAAGACCGAUGAGUGCCGACCCGGCUCCCCUAAGAACAGUCUCACCCGACCGAAAGCCUCUUGCUUCUAUGGCACGAAAUACUCCCCUUCGCCAGGCUCCACCGCCACCACCCAAGAUGUCUGUUCUCGAGGCUGCCACUACUACUGCGGGUGCUGCUACGACUACACAGGCAAAGCAAAGGAGGAACAUUCUGCGAGUGAAUGGUGUAGCCUAUACUCGACUUGACUGUCUUGGCCGAGGUGGCAGUGGAAAGGUGUACCGUGUUGCUGCUGAGAAUGGCAAGAUGUUCGCCCUGAAACGCGUUUCUCUUGAGAAUGCAGAUGACUCGACCAUUAAGGGUUAUCUUGGAGAAAUUGAUCUUUUGAAGAAGCUUGGAGAGGUGGAGCGAGUUAUCAAGCUGUUUGACUGUGAGAUGAAUACAGAGAAGCAAGUUCUCACUUUGCUUAUGGAGAUUGGAGAACUCGACUUCAAUACCUUUUUGAGAAAGCGGUAUAACCCCGAGGCUGCCAAGUUCGACCCAGUCUUUGUACGAUUUUACUGGAAAGAGAUGCUCGAGUGUUUGCAAGCAGUUCACCAGUGUGAUAUUGUCCACUCUGAUCUCAAGCCUGCCAAUUUUGUGCUCGUAAAGGGUCAGCUCAAGCUCAUUGACUUUGGCAUCGCGAACGCUAUUCAAACUGAUGAGACUGUCAACGUCCACCGCGAGACUCAGGUUGGAACACCCAAUUACAUGUCACCUGAGUCUCUCAUGGACUCAAAUAACCCCCGAGGUGGCCGCGUUCCAGGCCGGCCUAAGCUUAUGAAAUUGGGCAAGCCCAGCGACAUAUGGUCUCUGGGUUGCAUUUUGUAUCAAAUGGUUUAUGGCCUCCCUCCAUUUGGCCACAUCGCCAACCAGAUGUCAAGAUGUCAAGCCAUCAUUAACUGGGAUCACGACAUCGAAUUUCCUUCACGUGGCAUGGGAGGCAUGUCCGUUCCCCCUUCACUCAUCCGCACUAUGAGUCGCUGCCUUAACCGCGAUCACCAUAUGCGACCAACCUGCGAGGAGCUAUUGCACGAGUCCGACCCCUUCUUAUACCCCGCAGAACUCACCGACAAGGCUCUCCCCAUUGACGAGGAGCUGCUUGCUAGAAUCAUCCAGAGCGUGGUAACGAGAUGCCGGGAGCGCAUGCCAACAGAGAGCGAAAGCUUGAGCGUCUGGCCACAGGCUUAUUGGGCCAGUGUUAAGAAAGCGAUGGCCGGGAGAAUGUGACAGAAGAAUCAUCAUGCAUAAUGUUGGAGUUGUCGGGGCGCUAUUGCUCGCUGGAUCAAUGAGUUUUAUGACCAAUUUGAACGGAUUAGAAAGAAAGCAUUCAUAGCUGGGUAUUGAGGAGUAUCAUUCUUGUCAUUCGCUGCAUACCUGCAUACCUACUUUUGUACCUCAGACAUAAGGGAUUUUUUCUUAUAAUAUGGCAAGGCUUUCGGAAGCCAGGGGCGUCUAUGACUUUGACCGCGCGUUUCAGCGAGUCAACUGAAUAAAGGCAUUUUUCAGCGAUAGCAACAAACUUGAAACGCUCUGUUGGCUCUGCAAAG